GACGGCACGGGACGGCACGGGACGGCUCGGGACGGCACGGGACGGCACGGGACUAUUCGAUUGAAUCUAGAUGUGAGAUCUUCACCCACAGCUUCUCACCCUGAGCCUGCUUCACUCCCCCGCAACCUUCACAACAGACUGAACACUGACUCUCUUAUCCCAUCCCGUGGUUAGCGAUUCCAACUCUCCUCUGUUGUGUGGGAGGGAAGCUUCAGAAGAUGCGUUCAGAACAUUAGUCUGCUCAACGCCGGCGGGUUAAUCUUACAAAACGCCGGACUUGUGAAAGGCUGCUCGCACUGAGAAGCGGCUGGUGUGUGUGUGUGUGUGUGUUCAGGAGGAAAAACCCCGCGAGGUCCGGUGAAGAUGCCGCCCAUUCUGACCGAGGAACAGAAACGUAAGAUCGAGGAGAACCGUCAGAUGGCGCUGGCCAGGCGAGCAGAGCGACAACAACAACAGCAAAACUGCGCUGCUUCCUCAGGCUCUGGGAGCCUCGUUCAGGGGUUUCCCUGCCAGCCCCAGGCCGCCACCACCAACCCAACCCAACAGAGAGCUGUCGUAUCUCCCCCCUCAGCGGGUGGGGAAAUCCACCACAGAGACUCGCCAAAGCCUGCCCUUGCGAGCACGGGCAAUGGUGGGCGUUUCCAACUGACUACCGGCUCUACAAGCGAGCUUAGCCGUGGCAGCCCAGGCCGCACGCAGACAGUGUUUACCAAAUCGGAGGUAACCGGCGUGGCAAAAUUUUAUUCCACCGGUCAGACUUUUAUUCCACUGGGCAGACCUGGCCAGGCCAGAGCAGCCAGGGCCCACGCUUCUAACUCAGCUGCAACGUCAGGCUCCAGAACUCCGAGCUUCACUCAGGGCCGCUGUGUGUCUCAGAGUAACAGUCGCUUCCGAGUGGAGGUGGGCUACAACCCAGAGCUCAUUCUGCUCUUCAAAACUAUCCCCAGCAGGAGUUAUGAUCCAGCCUCCAAAAUGUGGAACUUCAGCCUGGAUGAUUACAACGCUCUGAUGACGAUGGUGAGGAAGCUGCCGAGUGCUGGGUUGGAGCCUCUGGACGGGGCAGAAGCUGGGACAUCUCGAGCCACAGCCGAUGGUUCGUACUCCUCCGACACUGGGGGGAGGGUCACUCCCGGAACUGCCUUAAGCACCAUCACGGAGAUGGGGAACGUCUGGAAGAAAUCGGAGGCUGUGGUGCGAGGACGUUGUCAGCUCCUGUCUCGCGCUCGCUUCGAGGUGGAGAUUGGUUAUCACGAAGGCGUGAUCACAGCCUUCAAACAGAUGGAGUCCAGGAAUUACAAUGCCAAGACGAGGAGAUGGAGCUUUCUACUGGAGGAUUACAAAAUGCUGUUUAAAAGGCUGGGUGCGAUCCCCGGGGUGGAAGUGGAGCCGUUUCCCCGUGGAGUGGUGCAGGUGUUCCUGCCGCAGUUUGAGAAGUCCCAGGCGGGGCAGCUGGACAUUCCCGAGGCAGACUUGUCCCAGGUCGAUCCCCUGCUGGUCCAGAGCCUCAUGCCGUUCCAGAGAGAUGGAGUCGACUUCGCUGUGUUCCAGGGUGGCCGCUUGCUGCUGGCUGAUGACAUGGGUCUGGGGAAGACCAUCCAGGCGAUCUGCAUCGCUGCCUAUUACCACAAGGAAUGGCCUCUGCUUGUGGUGGCGCCCUCAUCCGUCAGGUUCACCUGGGCUGAGGCUUUCCACCGGUGGCUGCCUUCAGUUGAUCCUCAGAGCAUCAAUGUCAUCGUCAAAGGGAAGGACAAUCUCUCCUCAGCUCAGAUCCACAUCAUCAGCUAUGACCUGCUCAGCAAAAUUGCCAAACAGCUGGCGGAGAGAGCAUUCAAGGUCAUCAUCAUGGAUGAGUCUCAUUUUCUGAAGAACGUGAAGACAGCGCGGUGCAGAGUUGCCACUCCUCUACUGAAGGCUGCUAAGAGAGUGAUCCUUCUGUCUGGCACCCCAGCGAUGUCCAGGCCGGCAGAGCUCUACACACAGGUGUCUGUCAUUAGACCCAAGAUCUUCCCGCAGUUCCAUCAGUUUGGAGAGCGCUAUUGUGAUGCCAAACGGCUUCCCUGGGGCUGGGACUAUUCGGGAUCCUCCAAUCUGCUGGAGCUGAAGCUGCUGCUGGAAGAGUCCAUCAUGAUCCGGCGGCUGAAGUCUGACGUGCUCUCCCAGCUGCCCUCCAAACAGCGCAAGAUGGUGGUGGUGGAGCCUGAGGGCAUCGGGGUGAAAGCCAAAGCCGCGCUGGAGAUGGCAGCCAGAGAGGUGGCAAAGGUCCAUAAAACAAAAUCUCAGGAGAGGGAGGCACUAAUGCUCUUCUAUAACUCAACUGCUGUGGCCAAACUCCAAGCCGUCAUCGAGUAUGUCAUGGAUUUGCUGGAGAGUGGCCGAGAGAAGUUCCUGGUCUUCGCUCAUCACAAACUGAUCCUCAACGCCAUCUGUGAGGCUCUGGAGAAGAAGGGAGUUGGGUUUAUCCGUAUUGAUGGGAAAACGGCCUCCGCUGACCGCCAGUCGCUGUGCCAGAGGUUCCAGCUGUCUGACAAGUGCUGCGUGGCUGUGCUCUCCAUCACCGCAGCCAACAUGGGCAUCACCCUGUCCUCGGCCGACCUCGUGGUCUUUGGCGAGCUCUUCUGGAACCCUGGUAUCCUGCUCCAGGCUGAGGACCGGGUUCACAGAAUAGGACAGACCAACUCCGUCAACAUUCACUACCUGGUUGCCAGGGGAACGGCUGAUGACUACCUGUGGCCCAUCAUUCAGGAGAAGGUGAAGAUUCUGGGACAGGUCGGGAUAUCUGAGGGCAACUUUUCCGAGACGGAGUCCAAAGAUUACUUUUUCAAGGGGCCCAAACAGAAGAAGAUCGCAGACUUUUUCCAGACAGCGAUGGCAGAGGAUGACUGGAUGGAUGAGGCCCUGGUGGAGGCUGUCGACACCUGUCAGGACAUGGAGGCUGGUCUGGAACCUGCCCCGGUCCCAGACACAGACCCUGAGGAGAGUCCCGCCAAAAAGAGACUGAUGGAGGAUUAUUUUCUGAAAUGAAAUGACGAACUGCUUGUAUCGUGGCUGUGUUGCAGAGUGAGGUGUAGUUGUGUGGAUACAGUGGGACAUUUUACAUCACAUACAGGUUGAAGUGGAAAAAAGCACCAAGGACAGUCGGUAACUGUGUCGCCUAUCCUUCGCUGUACCUCACUCCAAAUCAGGUACUGGCCCAGCCUCGUGUAAACCUUAACACCAUCUUGAUUGAACACUUGGCUCCGAAUUUUUAAAAAAAUGUUCCUUGGAAUUCAACGGCUACGUAUCGCACGUACUGCAGGUGAACCAGAAUUUUCUGAGGGUCAGCCGGGUGUCUGAUACACACGGAAACCCAUCACAGUGAUCAGCCGGGUAUCUGUUACACAUGGAAACCCGUCACCAUGCUAAUGAAUCUCCAAACCAUGAGUACCAUGUGUCUAUGCCAACUACACACAUAAAUUCUCCCCGUGUCUGGAAUGCGCACACUCCUUCCCCUGGAGGGACGCAACCGGCUUAUCUAAUUAUGGAAAGUGUUGGACACAGGCUGGCGAGAGCCAAGACUUGGGGUUGGGGCGCAGGUAACUACUGGAGUUUAGAGUGAACUGGAAUUCAACGUUUAUUUUCUUGAAUAAGAGUAAAAUGAAGCGGUUUGGUUAACAGCCAUCUAAUCAGACGCUUUUCUUGUUUUAAUGCUGAGAUACAUUAUUACGCUUUUCUUUCGUGGAUCCUACUGGAAGAUUGCUCAAGAUUUCACCUUCAAAUGAUUUCAUGCGCAAAACAUAAGACGUUACAUUUUAAUUGUGCCUUAUCAUGUCAUACUGUCGGCAUUUCACA